AUGACUACCACACUUUGCAUUGUUUCUGUUGCAUCAGAUUCUGGACGCCAGCGAUUUUUCCCACAACAACGUUACGUGGAGCAGCAUUUGAACGAUGAUUGUCCAAAGCGCUCGAAGAAAUGCAAAUUUUGCGAUGCCUUUCUGAUGGCGGCAAACGAACUGAAACACAUUGGGGUCUGCCCGAAAUUCCCGGUCAGUUGUCCGAAUGGCUGUAAGGCGCACGAGAUACCACGUAGCCAACUAACUGAGCACUUGACAACCGAGUGUACGAAACAAGAUUUGCCUUGUCCGUUUGCUUCACAUGGCUGUAAAUUUCGCGGCCGAAAGAAAAAGAUCGAUCCACACGUGGCCGAGUCCAGUUUGGAGCAUUUAAUUCUCGUCAAUGCGUCCAUGCAACAAAUGUCAUUACUACUAGAAGCACAGACCAAAUCAUUCACCGAGCUGAAGACGGUUCUGGCUCAACAGUCAAAACGCAUCACCGGACUGGAACGUUGCUUCGGAGCCGCAUUCACAUGGAAAAUUGACAAUUACACUGAGAAAUUCAAUCUGGCCAAAUCGGGUAAACAGACCACUAUCUACAGUCCGGCUUUCUACACACAUCGUUGCGGUUACCGUAUGGCUAUGUCGGUCUGUCUAUUUGGAAGUGGAGAGGCACGGGGAAAAUUCAUGUCCGUAUUUGUCUGUUUGUGUCGCGGUGACAACGAUGCAUUGCUCCCGUGGCCAUUCACAAACCAGUUGACAUUCACCAUGCUGGAUCAACAUCAGGAUGUGACCGCUCGCAAACCAGUUGACUACACAAUCAAACCUAAUCCCACAGCGGAACAGAACAUAUUUCUUGGACGUCCAACUGGAGAGCGAAAUGCCUGUUUCGGGGCUCCACGUUUCACAAAGCUGGAGACUUUAAAAACCUCCGAAUAUGUGGUGGACGAUAGCCUGUUUCUCAAGUUAUCUUUGAAUUUGGACGAUUUGGCGCCUGGAUAG